AUGAAUUACAUAGAGAGGAACAAAAUCGAAACGAUUUACAAGGACGACUACACAGACUUCACGAGACUUAGCGAUUUUGAAAUUUUCACCAAGGAUAUCCUAGUCAGCCUAAAAAAACUUAACAUUUUGGAGACCAAGCGGAAAUAUGAAAAGAAGUAUGCAUUUGCUAACGCUGAGCAGAGGGACAAACCCCUGGCCCCUCUUUCCCUUUUCAUCACGGUGGACGAUACGUGUAAUUUUUUAAAAAAAUUGGUGAUAAAAAAGGAUUACUGUGUAAAAUUAAAUUAUGUUUACUACCCUCAUAAUAAAUGCCAAAAUGUGAUCCCCUUUAAUGUGAAUGAAAACUCGAACCUUUACAAGAAGAAUGUGAAAACGGUGAACUCGUUUUAUUGUUUGCAUGGAAAUUUGAAUUGCUCUGAGAUUGUGCUUUUCCCCGCGAGGACCUUUCCCAUACAGCUGAACGAAUACGUGGAACUCGAAGUCAUAGACAGGAGCGUCCCGGAGGAAGAGCAGUACAUCGUCAUAGAGAGCCUCUCCGUGAGUAACUUAAUGUUAAACGCGUUGAAGCAAGCCUUGAGUGAGUUGGAGAUUUGCCUGCCUACCUUCAUCGCAGUGGAUAAGAACUACUACAUAUACCACGGCCACUUCUACACAAGUGAUUAUACCUACUUUAAGUGCGUGCACCCGUACAUAACGGUGCAUCGGAGGGGCUCCGGGUCGGCAAGCGGAGUGGUGGCAAGAGGCACGACCAGCGCAACUGCCAAUGGGACAGCCAACGGGACUGCCAAUGGGACAGCCAACGGGACAGCCAAUGGGACUGCCAGCGCAACUGCCAACGGGACUGCCAACGGGGUAGUCACUCCUCCCUGCGGGGUACUCGAGAAGGCCAACUACGUCUCUGUAUACAAAGGCACAGGGUUUGAGGUGAACUACAACUCCUUCAAGUUUUUCAACUACUUUAAGUGCUUUUCCUACGACCAGCUAGUGGCCCUCUUCUCGCUGUUCAUUUAUCUGUCCAACGUGAGGGGAAAAAACAUUUACAAAAUAAAUAUGUAUAUAAAAAAUAUAUACUUGAUUGACAAGCCGAGUUGCAGUCACGUGCUCAGGGCCAUAAACCUGAGGAACAAACAGUUCAGCGUUUUAAAGAUGCUGAUCAGGGGGAAAAAAGGAAGAGCAGGGAGAGUAGGGAGAGAAGAAAAAGCAGGAAAUGUGGGAAGCGUAGGAGGUGUAGGAAGCGUAGGAGGCGUAGGAGGCGUAGGAGGCGUAGGAAACGCAGGAAGGGAAAGGAAAAGGGAAAACCAAACUUAUAGGAAGAGUAAACAAAUCUACAUUUUUAAAAACACAUACAAAAGGAACUCCUACGACAAAAAGGUUUUCCCGCAAAUGUACCUAAACCAUAUUUAUAAUUAUAUCAAGAAAAAAAAAUUUUAUGGACGAAGAAUAUUUCUUUGUUGCCUUGUGAAGGAGAGGAAUGACUCCCUCGGUAGCAGCAGGGGUGAUAAUACUGAGGCAACUCCCCACGCGUGGUGGAUUGUUAAUCGCACAGGAGAAGAGGAACGAAGCAUAGCUAUUCGAAACUACUUGUUCAGCAUGAAAAAUGACCUUUUUGGCAAACCAAGUUAUUACCAGUUGAGUGAUAUAAAAAAAGUAAAAUUAGUGGAUGCCUUGUCUGACGAUGCGAGGGUAGAAGAUGAGGAGAAGGAGGAGGAUGACGAUAAUGAUGAUGACGAAGGGGACAAUAAUGAGAAGACCCUUCCGGAUUAUUCCGAUUCAUCUCUACUAUUUUACCCUUGCCCAUCUGUCACUCAAAAUAGCAGUUACGAGCCAAUUUACGAUAAUGUGAAAUCUAGAAGGAAAUCCACCUUCGAAGAAAUCAAUAGAUUGUACCAUAACUUGAGGAGCCACAAAAAUUUACCUAAGAGUGAGAGCAGCCCCUUCGUCUCCAUUUAUGUCUUAAAUUUUAUCAGCAAUAUGGAGUAUAAGAUAUUGGAUGGAGUGGCCAAUGUAAGUGGUGGGAUGGUCUCUCACAGUGAUGGAGUUUCCAAUCUGAGUAGUGGGAUGGCAUCCUUCAUCGGUGGAUCCUCCAACUUGAGCGGUAGUCCCGUUCAUGUGAGCCCCCACGGAAAUGCGCGAAGUAUCGAUCAAGACAGGAGGAAAAGAAAAAAAGGAGUCAUGAAUGUUUGGAAAAUUAGAUUCAUAAACAACGAUAAGUACAAAGGUAAAAACAGCUUCCUCUUAAAGAACAUACUUAGGUUGUACUAUAACGAAUUAUUGGAGUUAAAGAAAAAAAGGAAUGACAGCAGCAAGGAGUGCAGUAAUGAUAUGAUGUCAUCAGUGCAGCAUUAUCUGAUGGAGUUCAUGCCACUUAAAAACAAGGACUGGGUGAGGGAUAGGGAAAUUGCUAGCUACAGUUGCUUCAACAUAGAGGAGGACUCGACGAGGUACUACAUCGAUAAGGUUCUUAACAACAUGUUUAGUAGUAACAAGAAAAAGGUGUAUGAGUGGCCUCGGGGUCGGGGGGCUACUAGAGGGAAACUGCGACCAAGGAGAAACGCCUACAGUGAGUGCUUCGGGGCGGAGGAGGCGCAGAGCAGCGGCGGGAGCUACUCGAAUAAUGACGCGGGGGGGGUCAGCCAGAGCGGUGGCGGAAAUCAGAGCCCCAUCGGAGGUGCUAGCCACAGGCCCGCCGGGGGAAACCUAUUCGUAAGCAAAAUUGACGGAGAGCUAUUCCCUCAGAAGAGCAAUCGAGGGUAUCACAGUCUGUACCAGAAAGAUGCCAAGGAGGUGCUCUUCGUUUUAAAGAAGGGAGACAACUUCCCCAAGAGGAGGGGCAUCCCCGGGUAUGAGAGAAAGGGCAGGCGCGGGAGGGAUCCCCGUUGCGGCGUGGGGGUAAGGGCGAAAAGGGUGCAAAAGAAGGGCCAACAAAGGGGGGACAGCGAGAGCAGCCAGGGUGGCAAUAAUGACCAGGGUGGUCAGAGUGGCCAUAAUGGGCAGGGUGGUCAGAGUGGCCAUAAUGACCAGAAUGCCCAUAAUGACCAGAGCGACGAUAAUGGGGAGAGUGACCGCAGCGGCCGCAGUGGCCGCAGUGGCCGGAGGAAGACGUCCCAGAGCAGCGAAAGCAAGGUAGAACAACUCGUGAGGGAUUUCCUAAAAAUUAAGGAAAAGUACUUCCUCUGCCACCACGAAGAAAGGAUAACCAUUUUGUUCUUUUACCUCAUCAGCCACUCGAGCAACUUAAAAACAUUUUACUAUAUAUGGAACCAGUUCUUCGAUAACAUAAGAAAUAAAUACGAGAACAACGAAUACAUAUUCAACGACUGUAUGUUCCUGUCCUAUGGUCCCUUGAAUGUUUAUUCGUACAGAUGCUCCAUCCUCUCGCAAUACAUAAAGGCGUUAAAUAUUUCAACUCAGCAAUUUAAAAUUAACGAAAUGAAGAACCAUAUGAAGUUGAAGAAGACGCUAAGUAUCUUUUGCAACGAUAGUGAUAAUCCUUUAGGAAAGGACAGCUCGAACCAUGGGAGUCUUUCCAAUAUAAAUGAGAGUGAACCUUUUGCAAGCAUUUCUCAAAGCAAGAGUAGCAAUAGUUUGACCACCUUUUUUAAGAAAAGUACAUUUGAGGAGAGUGUGUUUUAUUCUUGUGAAAUGAAUGACAGCAGUAGUUUGUGCAAUCAGAAGAUCCAUGGGGUGCGUAAUGAAAACAGCUCUCCGAACUUGGAGCAGGAGUAUAUCAAUGGGAGCACGGACUCGAUUGCGCGUAUUGGCUCUGAGGCGCCGCCCGCACCUGGCCUCCCCUCUGCCAGCAACAGCGCGAGAAGUGCUGUGAACAUCGGCGCGAGUAGUGACGCGAACGUGGGUGCGAGUAGCGACGCUAACGUGGGUGCGAGUAGUGACGGAAACAUCGGCGCGAGUAGCGAAGCGAACAUCGGCUCGAGUAGCAACCCGAGCAACAGCAUUAGUAACAACCUGAGUAACAACCUCAGUAACAACCCCAGUGACAACCCCAGUAACAACCCCAGUAACAACCCCAGUAACAACCCUGGUGAGAUCCGUGGUAACCACCCCAGUAACAGCCCCGACAACACCGCAAAUGCAAACGGCGGCAAAGCGCCAAAGCGAAGCAACAGCGGCCACCCAGGAACAGAAAAAAAAAAGGCGAACAAAAAAAGCAACUUUAUGAUAUCCAACUUUUUCCCAUACCCAUUAAACAACAUGGAACUGUUCAUAACGAAGAACAACGGAGGAACGAAAGAAGUGAAUGAUCAAGACGAUAUGAUCACCCUUAUACAUGAAAUUUUAAGAAGCAACAACAAGGAUAGUUAUACCUACACAGAUUUCACAAGAUGGUAUAGAAAUAAUGUAGGGAAAUUUAGCUAUACCUCCCAAAAUGUGUUAAAGUAUUGCUACAAAAGCAUAAAGGAUAGCUAUUUUGUCAAUGUAGAUGUGGGUUAUAUAAAGGAGAAAUACAAAGAAAUUGAUCAGAAGUACUAUGGAGGGGGUAUGAAUGACUCCCUUAACAAAAAGGGGAAGGAAGACUAUCUAAAGAAAAUGUUCUAUUAUGUAAAAAACAAUUAUGAUUAUAUAAAAAAAAUAAAGUGCCCAUUUAACACCUUCUUCGUAGGGGAACUGAAUCUCGACAAUCUCCUAAAUUUAAAUAUCAUUGAUUUGCUUGACUGUGCAUUUAAAGUUUUUUUUAUUUCUUAUUUAAACUCUGUGAUGAACUCCAAGUUGAUUUAUAUCCGCAAGAUUCAGGACAUUUUGGCUAGCAUGUUUACUAUUAUAAAAG